GCGUGCCAUUAGGCAUGGAAGACAGUGUCCCGAGCCACGUUGGUUUAUAAAGGGCGGGCUGAUCUACUUGCUCCGCGCUUCUACUUCCAACGGCAAUCAUCCCCUACCUGCGCCCCCCUUCGGAUGAUUAUCGUUGCCCCCGUCGUUUUACCAUAUUCUUCUUCCCCGACGCUGUUAUCGGGGAUCUGAAUGCCUCGAUAGCAUGAGCAAUUCGGUGGAGGGUGAAGAGGACGACGAGUUCUAUGAAUCUCUCAAUCGCGAUCUGUCAUCUUCGUGCUCCUCUACAUCCUCUUCCGACGACGAAGGCGACUAUGGUUGUCCAAAGCAACACCGCCACCACGCCUUCUUUUCUCUUCCAUCCCCCAUCUCCUUUGAUGUAUGGCUCUCACAGCCGGGCUCCGUCGAGGAGCGCCGCCGCCAUUUCCUCCAACAGAUUGGCCUUGCCUGUGACCCAGAGCUCAGUCUGGUGAAUCCCAAUGGUGGGAGAAGUGGCGUGGGGAGGGAAGGGGAGAUGGGGCGAAGCACUUCCUGCGAUGGUCUCUGCCCUCUGGUUGAUCCUGCCCGGGCAAAAUCUAUUGUCGGCACUUUCGCACGUUCCAGAUCCGACGGCUCCGUCAAACCGAGAAGUUUGCGUAGACAACUUGCUUCGGUCACUGACAAGCCACCGCUUAUCGGGAGAUCGAGGCCGUCGGUGGGGGGAGAACUAGAGGUAUUGGAUGGGGAGGGGGAGGAAGCGCAGAGGUGUACAAUCAAGGACCUUGGAAACGGUAAUGAGUUUGUGAUCAAGGAGUUUCGGGAGGACGGGAUGUGGAAUAAGCUGAGGGAGGUGGAAACUGGUCGGCAGUUCUCGAUGGAAGAGUUCGAGUUAUCUGUUGGAAGUUCACCCAUCGUAAAGGAGCUAAUGCGUAGGCAGAAUGUCGUGGGUAGAAGGAUCGACUCCAGCGCAUCUGGCCAUCGUUCGAAGGAUAGUGCUGAUUCAAACGGUGGUGGGAGGUCGAAGAAGAGGUCAAGCUGGCUCAAAAGCUUAAAGAACGCUGUGGCCGUGGGUAAGCAGCGGAAUUGGCAGAGCAGCGACGUGAUGGAUACGUCUUCGGAAAAGGGAGGGAGGAGGUCUAGUUCUGCCACAGAUGAUAUCCAAGACAAGCUGCAAUCACCUUGCCAUGGCCCUGAGCGGAUAAAAGUCCGGCAGUAUGGGAAGUCCCAUAAAGAGCUCACGGGCUUGUUCUUGAGCCAGGAAAUUCAAGCCCAUAAUGGAUCUAUCUGGACCAUCAAAUUUAGCUUAAACGGUCGUUACCUGGCUAGUGCUGGGGAGGAUUGUGUGAUCCAUGCGUGGCAGGUCUUCGAGCAUGAUAGGAAGCUGGAGUUCUUGGUGGAUCGAGCAGGCCAGGAUUAUGGCAGUGUCAAUCUUGCAGCGAACCCUAAUAAAGGUUUGCCAGAGGAGAUGUUUUUGCCUUCAUGUAUGGAGAGAAUUGACGGUGAAGGGAAGAGAACUGCGAAGGGUCCUAGUGGUAGUAAAUCUUUGAGUUCAGACCAUGUGAUGAUGCCUGAACAAGCAUUUGCGCUCUCGGAGAAGCCUGUUUGCUCAUUCAUAGGGCAUUUGGACGAUGUGCUUGACCUCUCAUGGUCCAAAUCACAGAAUUUGCUCUCAUCCUCCAUGGACAUGACCGUUAGGCUUUGGCACUUGUCUAGCAAUUCUUGUUUGAAAAUAUUCACACACAAUGAUUAUGUGACAUGCAUCCAGUUCAAUCCUGUUGAUGAUAGAUACUUCAUUAGUGGUUCUCUUGAUGCGAAAGUCCGCUUAUGGAAUAUCCCUGAUCGACAAGUUGUUGAUUGGAGUGACCAGCAUGAAAUAAUCACUGCUGUUUGUUAUAAACCUGAUGGACAGGGUGCUUUAGUUGGUUCAAAUGUAGGCAACUGCCAUUUGUAUGACACUGCAGAUAAUAAGCUGCUUCAGAAAAGUACAAUCGAUUUACAUAACAAGGCGAAGAAAUCCAGUCACAAGAAAAUCACUGGUUUCCAGUUUGUUCGAGGCAGCUCAUCAGAAGUUCUAAUCACAUCUGCUGACUCACGAAUUCGACUCGUUGAUGGUAGCAAUCUUGUUCACAAGUUCAAAGGGUUUCACAACACAAGCAGUCAAAUUUGUGCCUACCCAACAGCAAAUGGCAAGCAUGUUGUCUGUGCUAGUGAGGACUCUAAUGUGUAUGUAUGGAGAUAUGAUGUUGAUAGAAGUCUAAGUAGAAGCGGUGGUGUUGUCAAUGCCUCUCAGUCCUACGAACACUUUCAUUCUUUGGGCGUCACUGUUGCUGUUCCCUGGCCUAACACUAGCUCGAGGUCCGAAGAAAUUUCCUCGUCUGUUAAUUGCAAGGAAGACGACCUCAAUUGUAUAUCAAACCUUAAUAACAAUUCAUCCUCAGACAAACAUAGUUGUCAUAGCAGUCGAGAUCUUUCUAGUGGUAUUUCGGUGCAGCAGAGCGGGUUGGCUUGGGGAAUGGUGAUUGUAACUGCCAGCCGAGGAGGUGUGAUCAGAAUAUAUCAGAACUAUGGAUUACCUCUUCGUGUAUGACCGACUACAUGGCAUGAGACUUUUAUUUACAUGCCAAGAGCUAUGAGCUGCUUAUUCUGCAAAUGUUUUGGUUGGAUACUUGUAGUGGUGGGAUAAGUACUCUUUAGGGCUAUCUUCGUUGGCAUAUCCCUCUUAAUUUUGUUCUUAUAUUUUUUCAUGUAUGUGGGCAAAAUAGAAAUUUGUUGUGUAGCCUUAAACGGUGUGGUGGAUAUUGGCGCCUCUGUGGGAAGUAGUUGCUUAUUUUGCUUUUGUACUGGGAUUUUCCAGGGAAAAUAGAGAAAGAUAAGAUGUAAAGAUAUACAAGGGACUGAAGUCAUUUAUUUAAAAUUUGUUUAUGAAAUUGAAAUGUUGGAAGGAGAAGUGGGCUAAAAAAAAUAAUGUGCUGCGAGCAAUUAACUCUAGUGGCUUAUAUUUUCAGCUAGUGGUUGUUUCCAUCGG